UGGUCCAUUUCUUGCUCUGACGUUGGAAGGUGCAUUGUGAUGUCAUUCCAACUGCCUGUUUGAAUCCCUGGCUGGGCAGAGGACUUUGUCCGUUUUUUCCAGGAAGCAGUUGGAUGCUGGCCAGCGAGACUUGGACAAAGCUAUAAGUUUUUCCAUAUUUUGUUGUUUUUGCUGUUUUAUUGUUCUGUCCAUUUUGUCCUCUCCCUUCCCCACAAUCUUUUACUUCUUAUCUGUGCAUUUUUAUUUUAUUUAAAUAUCUCCUCAUUUCUCUUUUGAUUUUUCUUGUCAUUUCUUCUCUUUAUUUACCAUUUUCAUUUUCUAAUUCUUUAAUUCUUGUGUAUCUCACCUUCUUUUUCUCAUCUGUAAUCACUUUCUUUACAUAGGAGGUUUAGUAUUGUAAGUUUAGCUAUAAGAGUUGGUGUUUUCUUUCUGUUACAGUUCUCUAUGUUUCUGUUUUGUCACUUUUGAUUAUUUUGUUUGAAUCACUGAUUAGUAUAAUGUAAUUCAUUAUAGUGUUUGUUCAAAAUAUCAGCAUAGUGAAUAGAAUUAAUCUUAAUAAUUAGUGUACUUCAUAUACUGUUGUUUUUGUUAUGCCCAGAUAAGUAGAUCCCCCAAUAAACUAUCAACAACCUCAUCACACUGAAAUCCAAAAGCAAGAUUUCUAUUAAAAAGGUACAAGCCGCGACAGGGACCUCAUCCAACCAACCGGCGCAGCAGAGGAAGGAGGAAAGGCCCAGGUCUUUGUUUGGGGACGCUUUUAAAGGGGAGAUACAUCAUCAAGGGCUUAAGGUCACCGUAGGUGCUGUAGGAGACUAGCUAGUGUUACUCCCAGUACACUAGAUACCAAGAUAUCCCCACAAUGAGUGGUGACAGAUCCUCCCACACAGAGGAGGAGGUGUUCCGGGGAUAUGAAGUCCUCAGAACCCUUGGCAAGGGCAGCUUCGGCAAGGUGAAGCUGGCCCGCCAUGUGGAGAGUGGGACCACGUUGGCUGUGAAGAUCAUUGCCAGAGGGCACGGGGAUUCCUCCGAGUUCCCACAAGCAAGGGUAGAAGCAGAGAUUAUGAGUUCUCUGCAUCACCCUCACAUUGUACAGCUAAUGCAGGUAGACUACACGGCAGAGAGAGCCUACCUGUUCAUGGAAUAUAUUAGCGUGGGGGACCUUGGAAAGUUAGUGGCAGUGUGCGGCCACCUUGAGGAAGGAGAAGCGUGCUACUAUUUCAGUCAGACCCUGGAAGCAGUGGAGUACUGCCAUAAGCAGCACGUUGUCCACAGAGAUAUAAAAUUAGAAAAUCUCCUUGUGGACAGAAACAUGUGUAUUAAACUAAUUGACUUUGGCUUAAGCCAAAAAUUGGCUGAAGGCCAACAACUCAAUUCAUUGUGUGGCAGCCUCGAAUACUGUGCCCCGGAAGAAUUCUUAGGGAAGGAAUUCGAUGGCUACAAGGCCGACGUGUGGAGCCUGGGCGUGCUCCUAUACACCAUGGUGAAAGGGUGGCUGCCCUUUGAAGGGGACAGCUUUGCAUACUUGAAGGCAGCUAUCCUGGCUGGCUCUUACCUAAUCCCCUCCUCUAUAAGCGGGGAACUGGAGCAGCUGCUGGACUGGCUGAUGACCUAUGACCCUGCUGAGAGGCCCACAGUGGCAGAUGCUAUGGGCCACAAGUGGCUCAGCAUGGAGCAGAAAGGGCCCAAACUGAGUGAAGACACAGCCAAACAGACUCAGAGUUCAACCGAGGACGAGGACCUCAGUGAAAGUGUGGAGAGCCUGAGCUCUCAGGAGGGCCUCCGAGAACAGGACGGCCCCCUGUGGGGAAAAGCCCAGCUACAGGCUCACCUCAGAGGAGGAGGAAGCGAAAUUUACAUGGGGCUCCCAGGUCCUUCGCAUGUUACUGAAGGUCCGAAAUACCUCUCAGGCCUCCUCUUCCAGCUGGGCCGUGAGGAGGAGGAUGGCUGCUUGUCCCCUGCUCUGAGCUGGGGGAAAUCCCAGGAGGGCUUCAGUGGAGCAGCAAGACCUGAGCUCACUGAAGUGGAGCUUCUAGCAUUUCCCCCGGAUGCUGAGGCCCAAAGCUACCUGGUGGAGCUGGGCUUUCAGCUGAGUCGUAAAGCAGCCUCCCUGACACCCGGUCUCCAAGCCAGCGCCACGUCCCCAGUGCUGCCCGAAGGUGACCUGUCAUCAGGGCUAAAUGCCUGCCAUGGAGCCCGCAGGAUGGACGGUUCCCCACCUGGCAUGAUGAUGAUCCACACUCCUCACCCAGUCCUCAGGUACAACAGCUCCGUGUCCUCUGCGUCCACUCUCAACACCAGCAGCAGUGAGGCCGGCAGGUCAGAUGGUCCCCACCCUGUCAUAAGGAGGAGGACCUACAUUCUUGGGCCAGUUCUCAGCCACAACAGCUCCUUGUCCUCCAUAGCCACUAUCAGCAUCACCAGCAGUGAGGCUGAGAGGACAGAUGGCCCCCAACCUGGGAUAAGGAGGGAGACCUACAUUCCCUGGCCAGGCCUCAGGUACAACAGCCCCGUGUUCUCCAUAUCCACUCUCAGCUCCAGCAGCAGUGAGGACCACUUAGCAGACAGGAGCUGUUCCCAGGGAGUGACAGAGAAUGAGAGCCUCCCAGAAAACCAACAGGACGAGGAGGCAGGGACCUCACCUGCUAAAGCUGCCAAGAGCAAGGGCCGCCGGGGGGUCUGCAGGAGGAUGGUGAACUGCCUUCUGCGGGUGUGUUGUAUCCUGCCAGACCCAGAGGAAGACCUCUGAAUUCAGAGGAGAAACGUGGCCUCAUAGCUUCAUUCACUGGAAAUGCUCAAGAGGAAAUUAUGAUCCCUGCCUGGGAGGAGGGAUUGUGGGGAGGCAGUAAUAAAUAAGAGGCAGGGAGUGAAGGCAAUGGGUCUCAUAGGAGGAACUAGGAUCAGGCGUCAGACCAGACCACACCACCAGGUCCUGUGUCUCAUGUGCAAGCAGCUGAUCAGGUGAGCAUAACCUCACUUCAGUGUCAGGUCAGUGACAUUUCUCGGUUGUCACAUGGUUCAAGUAGUCAGCAGAAUAACAUUUUUAUUGGUUGGCAUCCAUGACCAUUUGCUAGGCACCAGAAAAACAGACACCUGACAUUGAAACGCUGUAGUGAAUGUAUCCAUUUAUAAGGACUUACUAUAGAAGCUCCUUUAGAAGAGGCAUAACAUACUGGGGCACAGUGCCAGCCUCAGGGGCUUUCUCUAUCUGGAUUCUGAGGACAGAGCCACACUGUGUGCAUUCAGCAGAACUCACAGAACUGUAUGCAUAAACAUCUCCUUGAUUCUAUAAAAAGUAGAAAAAAGGAACAAAGAGACCAGGCCCUGGGACUUCCAAGAGCUGUACAAACCUUGCCUUCCUGUCUAUGAGGUGUGUGGUACUGUGCAAGUACCUCAUAUUCUGAGCCCUGGUUACCACUAAAAAGUUGGGGAGGAGGCUCUGAAAAGUCCUUGUGACACAGUGAGGUCUGGAGUUUCUGGGAUGACAAAUCCAGCCAUGUGCUUGCUCAGGGAAACCCAGGUACGUGUGGCAGAUAAGCCUUCCUUCUAGCAUGAAUGUACUGGACUCUCAGGUUAUACUCAAAUAGUCUCCCAUGCUGUUUUGGGAUGUGUGCAGGGGCCACUGGCUGCUUGGGGGAUGACUGGCAGCUGCUGGCCCCAGUGGCCCACUUCGGUAUGUGAUGUCUGGGGUCACUAUCAAGUCCAGCCUAGUAUUGGCAGCUAUAGUCAAAUUGAGUAACUUUGGUCUGCAUUGAUAGAUAUUGGAGUGGGGGAUUCUUUUACCUUUUAAAUUAUGCUAAUAAUACAAAACACAAAUGUUACUAUUUUAACCCUUUUUAAGUAUACAGUAGUGGCAUGAAGAGCAUUCACAGGGUUGUGUGCACAUCACCACCACUCCUCUCCUCCACAUGAAACACUCCCCACCCCCAUCCCCAGCCCGGCACCCCCAGGUGUACUCCUGUCUUAAUGAAUGGGACAACUCUGUCUCAAGUAUUAUGCAGUAUUUGCUCUUUGAGAGGCAGAGAGACAGGCAGAGCUCCUGUCAGCUGGUUCACUCCUUGCAGGCCUGUAAUGGCAAGUACUGGACUGGGCUGAAGCCAGGAGCUGGGAACUCAAUUCAGGCCUCUCAUGUGCAUGAAAUGAACCCAAUCACAUGAGCCAUCAGCUGCUUCCUCCCUGUCUGCAACAGCAGAAAGUUGGAGUCAGGAGCCAGAGCUGAGAGUGAAACCCAGUAACUCUGACAGGGUACGCAGGCAUCUUAACUGCCUGCCCUUGGUGUUUGUCUUUCUGUGGCUGGCUUGUAUUAUCCAGUCCUCAAGAUUCAUGCCUGCAGUAGCAAGUGUCAGAAUAUCCUGCCUUUGAAAGGCUGAAUAAUACUCCGUGGUUCAGUUGGACCACAUUGUUUUCCCACACUCACUUUCUUUUGAUGGUCUCAUGGGUUGUUUGCAUAUUGGGGUAAUGUGGAUAAUGCUACUGUGAACAUAGGUACAAAUUACUCCUUGAGCCCCUGUCUUCAAUUCUUCUAUUAUGUAUGUACUUAUGUAUUUGAAAGACACAGUGACUGAAAGAGAGCUCUGCCUCACUCCCCAGAUGGCCACAACAGUGAAGGCAGGCCAGGAUAAAGCCAGGAGCCCUGCACUCCAUCUAGGUCUCCCACACAGUUGACAGAGGCCCAAGAACUGGAGCCAUAAUCUGUUGCCUUCCCAUGAGUAUUAGCAGGAAGCUGAAUUGAAAGCAAAUUAACCAAGACUGGAACCAGACACUCCAGUAUGGGAUGUGGACCUCCCAAGUGGCAGUUUCAUUGGCUGCACCACAACACCCACCCCUGUUUCCAAUUCUUGGAGUCAUAUACCUAGAUAUAUAUACACCUAGAUGUAUAUAUACCUAGAUGGGCUACUUGACAAUUCAAUGUUUAAAAAUUUGGGUGGCAGUUCUAUUUUGUGGUGUAGCAGGUUAAGCCACCACUUGGAGCACCCACACUCCAUAUUGGAGUCAGUUCAUGUUCCAGCUGCUCUACUUCCAAUCCAGCUCCCCGCUAAUGCUUCUGGGAAAGAAAUGAAGGUUGGCUCAAGUACUUGGGCCUCUGCCACCUACAUGGGAAACCCAGAAGAAGUUCCUGCCUCUGGCCUGGCCCAGCUUGUCUGUUCUGGUCAUUUGGGAGGUGAAGCAGUAGAUGGAGGAGUCUCUCUCUGUCUCUCUCCUCCCACUCCCUGCCACAGACUUUGCCUUUCAAAUCAAUAAAUUUUUUUGGUUAUAAGGAAAUAGCUUUAUAUUUAUUUUUAAUUUUAAAAGAUAGUUAUUAAUUUGAAAGGCAAAUUUACAGAGGCAGAAGCAGAGAGUGAAAGACAGAGAGCGUGAGAGAGAGAGGGAGGUAUCUCCAUCUUCUGCUUCACUCCCCAAAUGCUCACAACAGCCAUGGCUGGGCCAGGCUGAAGCCCAGAACUUGGAGCUCCACCCUGGUCUCCUACGGGAGUGGAAAGAACUCAAGUAUUUGAGCCAUCACCUGCUGCCUGCCAAGGUGCACAUGAGCAGAAAGAUGGAAUGGGGACCUUAACUUAGUCUAGAGUCCAGGAAAAGCAAGCUCUUCAGCUGGAGACCAGGACAGAAGUAGGUGCUGCCUCUCCUAUUCCCCUCCCCCAGCUGUUUAUGCUGCUGGCCACUCCCCACCUAUGCCCAUGCAUGUGUGUUCUUUCACCUUUUUAAUAAACUUCAUCAUUCUGGACAGUGUAUAUAUGCCUGUACUUGGAAUGUCUCCCUAAGCAGAAGGCACAGACCUGGAAUACACAUUCAGCCACCCCACUUACUUCACUUCUUAUGGGUGAGCCAGCCAGGUGUCUGAGAAAGCCCAACAGUGAACCAAAAAAGCAACAGUGGUAAGUGGAAUUCAAUUUGUUUCUGUCUCAGAUGUGCUAAGCUUUUACCUCCUUG